AUGCCGGCUAUCGAUGUGGCUAUCGUGACGGGUGCGAGCUCCGGCAUUGGUGCUGCCACGGUUCAGGAGUUGACAAAGGCUGGAUUGGUUACCAUUGGACUGGCCAGAAGAGUGGAACAAGUCGAAGCGUUGAAGGCAAACCUCCCGGUGGAAGCGGUCGCUAGACUACAUGCUUUCAAAUGUGACGUUUCCAAAGAGAAACAUAUUUUAGAAGCAUUUAAAUUUGUUGAGAAUACGUUCGGUGGCGUAGAUAUGCUUGUGAACAAUGCUGGUGUGUACCAAAAAGUUGAUCUGUUUGAAAAUGGGAACACAGCUUCCCUGAGGCAAUCGUUAGAUGUGAAUGUUUUAGGUCUGACAUUAUGCAGUAGAGAAGCAUUUUUUUCAAUGCAGAAAAGGGGCGUGGCAGGUCAUAUCAUUCAUAUCAAUAGUAUUGAAGGGCACUAUGUACCAUGUUAUCCUGGUGCCAACUUAUACCCUGCAAGUAAAUUUGCCGUGACAGCCAUUACUGAGACUAUGCGAAACGAAUUGAGGAAUUCCGGAACGAAAAUAAAAGUAACAAGCAUCAGCCCGGGUUUUGUUACAACACCUAUGGAGGAUCUUUGCGAUGUUUACGCUAAUACCGAAACCAGCACGAUGCCAGUGCUACACCCAGAAGAUAUUGCUCAUGGUAUUCUAUACGCAUUGGGUACUCCACCACAUGUUCAAGUGCAUGAAUUGAUUGGGGAGCCCGUUUGA